ACCUUCAUAUAAAGUAUUUCUGAUUCUGAUAGACCCAAGGUGUAAGCAGAAGACUAGAGCUUAGAAACAGACAUGACACAAGAGACUGGAGCUUUGUCAUGUAGUAGGUCAGUUUCAUUGUUGCAGCGUGAGAUGAUCACAGUACAAAACCAGAUAAAAAGAUAAUUGAAACAAAAGAUUUGGACAAGUUUACAGUUAUAAAAGGCAACCGGAGAGCAGUGGGCCCACCAAUUGGAGAUACUCUGAAGGUUGCUGUGUUGGGGCUUAAAGAUAAUAAGUAAAAAAAUAUGGCUCCAAUGCGAAGAUCUGCUGUGCUGUUGAUUUUGGCUUUCUCAAUAUCAGAACUUACAGGGCGCCUAUUGUCAAUGUCUACAGAGACAUUUGCAGCGAGGAUCAUUGGAGGUCAGGAGGUCCGUCCGUACUCAAUCAAAUAUCAGGCAUCCCUGCAGUCUGAGAACAGGCAACACUACUGUGGAGGAACCUUAGUGCGCCCUCAGUGGGUGGUGUCUGCUGCCCACUGCUGGAGACCGAGCAGUGUGAUGAAAGUGGUGUUAAGCGAACACAACCUGGAGACAACAGAAGGAUUUGAACAGGUCUUUAAUGUCUCAAAGAUAUAUGUCCACAGUUAUAACUACAAGACAUUCAACAACGACAUCAUGCUCAUCAAGCUGAGUGAGCCGGCACAGCUGAAUGCCAACGUCCAGCCAGCUGCUCUGCCUGAUGAUGACACUCCUCAACUUAAUACUGACGUCUGCACAGUGAGCGGCUGGGGUGUGACACAAUCUUACAGUUACUACCUCUCCCCUGUGCUACGUGCUGUGGACGUGAAAGUAAUGCCUUACUGCACUUAUUACUACUGGGGGAGAAUCACUUCAAACAUGCUGUGUGCUGGAUCUCAGAUGGGUGGGAAAGAUUCCUGCCAGGGCGACUCCGGUGGUCCCCUUAUUUGCAAUGGCUACUUCGAGGGCAUUGUCUCCUGGGGUAUCAGCUGCGCAAACCCAUACUUCCCUGGAGUCUACACCAAAGUGAGGAACUACGUCCAGUGGAUCAACUGGCUUAUCGACAAUGACACACCAUGAACAGUUGCCACAAUCCUUGAUGAGCAGCCAAUUCACAACAUUAUUUUCAAUGGCCUUUUUUAUUACUAAUAAAAUUCACAACAUUAUUUUCAAUGGCCUUUUUUUUAUUGCUAAUAACUUUUUUGUGUUUGUUUUAGUACUAAAUGUCAACUUUAUACACUAAGUUCAAUUACAGUUUAUAAUGUUGGGGUACGCUAUAUAGAGCCAGGGUGACCAGUCAUUUCUAGAUAUACGGUUUCCUGGAAAUAUGUUAACAUGCUUAUAAUUAAUUGAUUUGCAUUAAUUCAUUAAUAGUAUUUGAUACUAUUAAUACUUUCCUUAUGCUAUUAGAAACACUGAAUGAAUGAAUAAACCAUCCACAGU